AGGGGCAAGAAUAAUGACUCUCUCCAGCACCAACUGCACCCCCAAAAACACAGCUGUAAAAAGGCAUAAACAAAUUCGAAAUUCGAGAUCCCUCCACUGAGAGACGACAAAAUACAUCAUCUCAUGAACCACCUCACAGAUUCGAAAAACACCCUGCCUUUCCACAGCUACUGUUUUUGUGUCACAUUGUCAUCGAGAUACCCAAUUUUCAGCAAACGAGCAAGGGCACGUAUACAAAAUUAUCAAAGUGAGGAUUUCGACAUGUCAAGCAAACCACUCGAAUUACGUCGGGACGAAUGAAAAUGUUGGCAACUUGUCAUCGAAAUACUGGGAUUCAAAGAGAUCGCUUCAUG